ACACAAGCGGAUUUGUCUAGGGAGUUUGUUCAUUUGCAUGAUGACAUGGUAUUAGGCUCCCUUUGCAAGGGAAAUGACAGGAAUGCAAAGCUCAUGGGUUCUAGACCUCUAUCUGAAAGGCCGGUUUUGUUAUUGUUGCAGUACAAACAUCCUUCACUUUUUCCAGUCAUUGGUGGCAAACUACUUGGCGAGGGCUGUGACUGUCUGUACGCUGGCGGUAAAAACCUCAAAAUCUCUGAAACGGACCAACGAUGCUGUGGAAUAUACUGGAGAUCAUCUUCGUCAUUUUGUCAUGCAACACAGAGGGGGAAAAAGCACAGUCCUGUAAAAUUUGGCAACACUCCCCAAGCAUCGAAUGCAAGAAAAUUGUGAUCGUUAAUGAAACAUAUUCAGGAGUCCUGCAAAAAGAGUCCUGCCAUAAUCCCUACAACAAUCAAGCGAUACUUGACACUGUUAUAUCACUGAACUCUAAUGGAACUUUAACAGCCAAUGGUUAUUUAGGGAAUUUUUUCCUAUCAACUGAAAACAACAGUUACAAAGUGUACCUGAGUCAAACCACUAUAGAUCAGGACCUUUCAUUGACCCUUGUAAUGACCAAACAGCAGAGUUCAUCAGGGAAACCGUGUUUGAAUGUAACUCUGAGUACCAGAAAUGUUUGUCAAAAUAAAACCUACAAUGAGAAUCUGUGCAAAGGUGAAAAAAGAUACAUUAUAAACAUUUUGGGAAAUUCCAUUAGUUGUGUGAAAUGUGAAAGGCUUCUAGCACCAGACAAAACUUUUUCUAUACCUGUGUGUAAUGCUACAAAUCAAGGAAAUCCCAGUUUUGCCUCGGGGCUGAUGAGAAACCUCACAUCACUGUAUGAUCAGAUGGGUAACGGGACGACCAUGGCCGUUUCUGCUGGAGAAAUCAAAGGGCUCAUGAUUAAAACAGAAAACUUGACUACAGAUGCUGAUUUUGCAAUCGAUGACUCAGGGAUCAACAUGGCUGAGGAAAGCAGUGCAACAAAGGAAGCUGCUACGUCAGUCUCCAUCCCCCUGGAGGCUUUGCAGAAAGCAAACUCAAAGGGCAAAGCUUUGCUUAGUAUUUUUGUAUUUCCAAACAUGUCAAAGGAUGCAAAGAACAGCACUGUCUUAAACGAUAAGGUUAUUGGAAUAGACAUGGGAGCAGAAAUUUCGGGCCUCAAAACUACCAUAAACAUCAGCUUCAACAAUAUUGUUAAUGUCUCAGCCAAGCUGUCUUGCCAGUCUUGGAACGGUAGAGACCCGCUCACCUGGACACCAAGCGGGUGCGACACCGUGCAACAGAACACAACCGUCACAUGCCAGUGUAAUCACUUGACAUUUUUUGCCGUGCUCAUGGUCCCAGACGUAACCAUUAGCGCCUCCGACUUCACAUCUCUCACAUACAUCACCUACAUCGGCUGCGGACUGUCCACGUUCUUCCUCUGUAUCGUCCUGUUCACACACUUUGUGCUGAGGAAAGCCAAAACCAGCCAAUCGACCAAAAUCCUCAUCAACCUUUUCGUCGCCAUGUUCCUGUUGAACAUGACGUUCCUUUCCAACGAGUGGGUCUCGUCACUGGAUAACGUCGCUGGCUGCAAGGUCAUGGCAGCGGUCAUGCACUACUCCAUGCUCGCGACCUUCAGCUGGUUUGCGGUCGAGGCCUUCCACCUGUGCUUCCAGCUGAGCAAGGGCUCCAGCAGCAACGGCGAUCAUUACGUACUCAAGCUGUGCCUCACGGGAUGGGUGCUUCCUGCUCUAGUUGUGGUCGUUCUUUUGGCCCUUGGAAAGUACAACCAAUACUCCAUUGACUUCAAUGAUGGGAGAAACGCAAAAAUGUGCUGGAUUACUGACAGUCUCGUUCAGUACGUUGUAAACAUUGGCUAUUAUUCGCUGGUUUUCCUUUUCACCUUCACUGUUUUCAUUAUUAUUAUUCGAAGACUAAUAUAUAUAAGAAGCCAGAAAAGCAACAGCGGUAAAGGAUCAGGAAAAGGGGACAUUUUUACUAUAAUGGGCGUGUGCUGCCUGCUAGGGAUCAGUUGGGGCUUCGCUUUCCUGAGCUACGGCCCCCUCCGCCUACCAGGCCUCUACAUUUUCACCAUUCUCAACUCCUUCCAAGGCUUCUUUUUGUUCCUGUAUUAUUGCAAAAGCUCCAACGUCCUGGGAGAUGGCAAAACUUUCAGCGUAUCAAGCAAAAGUACAGCAACUGUCUGCAGCAUCGUGGAACAAAAUCCAUACGCAAACUUCGAUACACUAAAAUCUGGCCAUACAGCCACCAGCCACUCAUAAAAGGCAACAGGAAGGAAGGCAAAAAAGGAACUUUGAGUUGCCAAAAACUCUUCUCACUCAGCAAAUGCUGAGCAUCAGUUGCAAUUACAACAUAAUGUAGGUAUUAAGAAGAUAAGUAGAUAAUACAAUAGGAAAUACUUAUGUAAAUUAGUCUUAUUUACCGAGAGCGAAACCAUUAUGAUUUCUUUGAGUUUUUCAAUUAGACUUUGAUGAAAACUUAUCUAAUGACACUUAGACAGAAACUACCACUGAACCUGUUAUUUUCGGAUAGCGGAAACAUUAGAGGUCAGCUAAGGUGAUGUCCUUAAGCCUGGCCUAAGGCAUCACUAUGGCCAUCCCCAACCCAAACAGCAUCUCAACAUCUGGCCUUUUUUUGUUUUUAAUGACAGCAAUCUAAGUGUUCAACUACUAUACAACAACAAAUGGUUUGUGGUAAUAAUAUGCCUAAUUAACAUUUCUGAAUUCUUAAUUUGUUAACAUUAUAUCACAGUCAGAAUUCAAUACAUACCUCUAUGUCUAAGUAAAAAAUGUAUACAAUACGUGCGUAACCAGAUGAGAAGUGCUUUGUAAUAAUGGAACUUUGGGUGUGUUCAGCUUUACCAAAAAUUAACAGCAUUUGUGUAAUUCAUGUAAAUGAAAUUCAUAAGUAAAACUGUUACAGAUCAAUAAAAGACAUGUUUUGGUUGAUUCUA